AUGGCAUCAAGACAGUCACAAAGACGAUUAACUAAAGAAUAUAAAUCUAUACAAUUAACACCACCUCCUUAUAUUACAGCAAAACCAAGUGAUGAAAAUAUUUUGGAAUGGCAUUAUAUAAUAACUGGUCCAACAAAUACUCCAUUUGAAAAUGGUCAAUAUCAUGGUAUAUUAAGAUUUCCACAAGAAUAUCCUUUUAAACCUCCUUCAAUAACAAUGAUAACACCAAAUGGUAGAUUUGCAUGUAAUACAAGAUUAUGUUUAUCAAUGUCUGAUUAUCAUCCUGAUACUUGGAAUCCUGCUUGGAGUGUUGCAACAAUUUUAACAGGAUUAUUAAGUUUUAUGACAGGUAAUGAAUCAACAACAGGAUCAAUAAAUACUUCAGAAAAUGUUAAAAAAAAAUUAGCAAAAUCAAGUAAAAAUUGGAAUAUAAAAGAAAAUCCAAGAUUUAUAAAACAGUUUCCAAAUAUUGUAAAACAAAAUAAAUUAGAUUUAGAAGAAAUUAAACGAAAAGAAUUAGAAGAAGAAGAAAAAGCUAAAAGACUAGAGCUUUUAAAUAAUAGUAAUAAUAAUACUAUGAAAACAAAUAAUAGUAAUAUGAUUGGUUUUAGUAUAGGAGAAAGUGGUGAAAAAAUGAUUGAUUUUUCACAAUUAGAUAAAUUAGAUCCAGAAGAUAGAGCAAGAAUAUUAAUUGAACAUGAAUUACAACAACAACAAUUAUUACAAAAUAAAAGUAAUCAAAAUUUUAUAAAAAAUCUUUUACCAGGUGGUGGAUUAACUGCUAUAGCAGGAGUAAUUGUUGCAGCUUUUGUUGCAGCAUAUUUUAGUAUAAUAAAGAAUAAAUAA